GUCUACACAAACACCAAACACAAAAUUUUAUAUCUUUGAUUUUCCAAAGAGAAAAGAUACUAGCACAUAGUAUACAUCAACUAUAUACUAAGAACCAAUAUUAUUUCUUCUUCGGGAGAUAUGGAAAAAGAAGGUCUAGGACUUGAAAUUACGGAGCUGAGGUUGGGUCUUCCGGGAGGCGGUCAGGAGAUCAGAAAUGAGAAGAAGAGGGUGUUUUCGGAGAUUAUCGGCGGGGAUGGGAGGGACGUCGAGGCUAGCGGUGACCGGAAAAGCCAAACGACGUCGAAGAACCAAGUUGUGGGAUGGCCUCCGGUGUGUUCUUAUAGGAGGAAGAAUAGCUUUAAUAAUAAUGAGAAAGUGUACGUGAAAGUAAGCAUGGAUGGUGCUCCUUUUCUUCGUAAAAUAGAUUUGAGCAUGCACAAGGGCUAUUCGGAUCUUGCAAUCGCAUUGGAGGAGCUCUUUGGCUGCUUUGGCAUGGGGGAGGGGUUGAAGGAUACGGACAGCUGCGAAUUUGCUCCAAUUUAUGAAGACAAAGAUGGAGACUGGAUGUUAGUGGGAGAUGUCCCCUGGGAGAUGUUUGUUGAGUCAUGCAAGAGGCUGAGGAUCAUGAAGAAAUCAGACGCCAUGGGGUUUGGACUGGAGCCUAAGAGCUUUCUUCUCAAGGGAACCUUAAAAAACGAGACUAAAUAAGCUUAUAUUUGUGAAGAUUAUGGGAAAUCAAUUUGACUGGAUUUUGGUUUCCUCGGUCGAAUAUUACCCGUUAGACAAUUUUUCCGCUUAACUAUUAAUACUGCUUGAAGACUACUUAAUUUGUUAAUUCUCGCUUAAUUUGCAAUUAUGUGAAAGUACUUUAUCGAUGUUUAAUAGAAAACUAGAUAGGGGAAGACAAUUUUUGCCCUUUUCCUUUACGUA